AUGAGCCGUAACAAUGGGAAGAGCCCAAAGGUGGACCUGAAGGUGAACCUAUCACCAGCACCACCAAGGGGAAGGGGGGGGCCAUCAAGCAGGGCUGUAGCUGAUGAUGGUCACUCCCCCAACAGGUCAUCAUCAUCAUCAUCUACAGUGUCACCACCAAGCUCGUGUGUAUCAUCGGAGGGGGAGCAGAAGCAGUCGAACAGCCCGGAGGCAACGUCGAUGGUUCUUGCCGGGUGCCCACAGUGCCUCAUGUAUGUCAUGCUCUCUGAGGACGACCCCAAGUGCCCCAAGUGCAAGAGCACUGUGCUUGUUGACUUCCACCGUGGUAACAACAACAAGACCAGGAAGGGCUAG